AUGGCGAUGAAACUCAAGUAUCUUUCCUCCAUUGCAGAGGAAGUUGUAGCAAAAUGUUCACAGAAAAUCGACAUGUCGGUGGAGAAAUUGGUGGAAGAUUUUGAAAAAAGAUGGACACCUGAUGAAGGAAAUUACUGCAAAAAUUUAGUUGAAUUUUGUAGUGGGAAGGCUCUGACUCAAAUGUGUCGCAACAUAGGUGAAGAAAUCAAUAAUGGUUCUUUUGGAAGGUUAUCCUAUGAUAUCAUGCUUGCUUGGGAGAGACCUACCUACUAUGAUGAUGAUGAGUAUAUGGAAGCUGAAGCAAAGGAGAAAGAAGAAAAGAAAUCAACUGUGAAAACCACACAAGAACAGGAUGAUAUAUCUCUUUUUUAUUCAGACAUCAUGCCCCUCCUUGUUAGUAAUGAUCCAACUGUUGGAGAGGAUGCGUUUGUAUGGUUGGGAUCAUUAGUUCCAUUAGUUGCAGAUGUCGCAAAUGGAAGGUUCACUUUCGAAACUUUAACAGCAUCGACAGGCCUCCGACUACAUUUUCCAGCAUACGACAUGUUCUUGAAAGAAAUGGAGAAGUGCGUAAGACAUUUGCAGAAACAGGCAACACCAACUGGCGUGGAACUAGCGGAAGAUGAAUGUAUAUUACAUGUAGAAGGAACAGCCAGCUCUCAGCGAGUCAUUCGUCACAUUGGAACAACAAGUUGGCCUGGUAGGCUUACACUGACCAAUUACGCUCUUUACUUUGAGGCUUCGGGAGUAAUAAAGUAUGACGAUGCUCUCAAAAUAGACCUAUGUAAUGAUGCCGAGCAGAGUGUUAAACCAACUGCCACAGGUCCAUGGGGAGCCCAACUUUUUGACAAGGCCAUAGUCAUUGAAUCAACUGAUUUAUCAGAGGCGGUUGUGCUGGAGUUUCCGGAGCUUACAAGUUCCACAAGACGUGACCAUUGGAUGGCAUUGAUAAGGGAAAUAAUGUUCCUCCAUCAGUUUUUAUCAAAGUACAACAUAAAUUGCCCAAUACAAACAUGGGAGAUGCAUGCAAGGACAAUAUUAGGAAUCAUAAGGCUUCAUGCAGCAAGAGAAAUGCUAAGAAUAUCACCUCCUGUUCCAACAAAAUUCUUAAUAUUUUCCUUAUAUGACGAAAUACCGAAGGGUGAUUAUGUGCUUGAAGAGCUUCCUGAUAGCCUCAGAAAGGUUAAUAGUGGAAAGCAAUGUAGUGCAAGUUCUAUCCUUAAGAGUAUGCACAUUGACGGACCAGUAGUUUCCAAUACGACACUAGAAGAGGCGAGUCAAGUAGAUAAAAGUGUCCCUGUUAGAGGUGAUAGUCCCUCGUUGGAUUCAGCUAUUAAACAAUCUAGGGAGGAAGAAAAGAGAGUUCUCGUUGCUAAAGCUACCACUGAAGAGUUAAAGGAUGAAGGAGUCACUGACAGUGUUCUUGUUCUAACGGAACUACUAAAGCCACUUCAAAAUGCUGUCCCUUGGUUACAAAAAAUCUUCACAUGGGAAAAACCAAUAGCUACCGUUGCUGUUCUGGCUGCAUCCCUAAUAAUCACUUAUAUGGAAUGGGUUGGAAAAACAGCUGCAGCUUUCUUGGUUUGGGUGAUAAUAAAAAUGCUUAAGGCAAGAGAGGAAAAGCUUAAUGAAAAAUGCAAUGAGAUAGUAAUCAGUAGAUCCAAUAUGGCUUCUGAUCAAUCUACAAUGGAUAGUAUUGUCUCAGCCCAACAUGGAUUAUACACUGUUCAUGAAAUGAUGCAGAUAGCUAACAUAGCAAUGUUAAAGAUAUGGUCUAUACUUAUUUCCAAGGCUGAUAAGCAUGCAAAUGCAGUGAUGGUAGCAAUGGGUGGAUUAGCAUUCUUAUUAGCAGUAAUUCCAUUCAAAUUCUUCCUAAUGGGUCUCAUUGUGCAAAGUUUCACCAUGAAUUUAAAGACAAGCAACAAGUCUAAUUCAGGAACUGGGAAUAGAAGGUUGAAGGAAUGGUGGGACUCAAUACCAAUUGUCCCUAUCCGUGUAGUAGACAAUGAUCCUAACACUCGAUGUGCUAAAUAAGCUUUGCUUGUGUAUAAAUGGAAGUGA